GGCGAGCGCGAAACCGGCGCCGGCGGCAGCGACGAAGAAGAGGACGUCGACGUCGACGGCCUCGCCAGCUUCUUAGAGUUCGAGAUCCUCUGCGGAUCCAGCGACGAAGAUCCUCUCGACGAGCAGGAGGAAGGCGAGGAGGAGGAGAAGGAGAUGCCGGUGAUACAUGAUGCUAAGAAGGGUAAGAGGAAGUCGGACGGAGAUGGCAGCGGUAGCGGCAGCGAGGAUGAGCAUCAGAAGAGGGCGAGGAGGGAGAAGGGGAAAGGGAAGGCUUUGCCUGCAGAGCAUCCGCAGAUCGACACGGGCAUGUUCAUGAAUAUCCCCGUGGAGCUGUUCCUGCAGAUAUUCAAGUUCCUCUCUUCCGAGGACCUGAUUUCGUGCGCCCUCGUGUGCCGCUUCAUGAACGCCGCUGCAUCUGACGAAACCCUCUGGCGCCGUUUGUAUUGUAUGAGGUGGGGCCUGUCAUCUAAUGCCACCUCUAACGCUAAACUCAGGGACUGCGCUUGGAAGAACCUCUACAUUCAGCAAGACAGAGAAGAUAUGGUUGAAUUCGUCAGAUAUACACCUACCGAAUUCAAAGAGUACUAUAUCCAGAUGCAGGCCGCAAAAAGGAGUCAAGCUCCCCUUCCCUCAGAAGUCAACGACGACAAGAUUAUUCUUGAUAAGACAGUAGCUGAUAAGGUGUCUAGUUGGAAAAGCAGAAGAGGCCUUACUGAUGAUGCAGUCAAGGGGCAUUCUUGUUCAGGAAGUACUUGCUUGUACACCCAGAUUGGUGAUGCUUAUAUUUGUGAGAAGACUGGUCGUGUGCAUGUAUGCGAUGAUGCAUGUCGUGAAUUUGUCUUGGACCAAUCUAGUGGGUUACUUGUCUGUACUAUAUCCGGGCACUGCUUCGAGAGGUUUCUGUGUCCUGAUGAUGAAUGGGACACUUGUGAUACUGAUCAGCAGCAAGGUGGUGUGACUGAUGAAGCAGAGCCAUUCAUGGGAUCUGGACGAUUUGCUCGCGCUUACCAGUUGGGUUAUGACUGUGCCGAUGAGAAGGAACUCGAACAUGCCUUGCGAUUCUGCUGAUAUGCCCCUCAUGUUGGCUCUGUGACACCAAGUUUUUUGCUUGGCAAGGGUAAGUAAGCAGCAGAAAGCUUUGGACUACGUUUUACUUGCUUCCAAACACCGGGGAAAGUCUACACUUUGAGUGAAAACGCUGUUUGCUUCUUGGAUCAGUCGUUGUAGGUGUAGCUGAUGUGUUGUUGUAUAUUAGUAUCCUAAAUUAUCAAAGAUGUAUUCCCUAGUAAUAAAAUAAAUGCUUGACCACUUGUAAUCCUCACAACAGUAUCACGGAUGUGGUUGAGGCAUGUAAUAACUUGUAUUUUUUUUAUUUGGCAUAGUAGAAAGCAGGAAGUGUUUCACUUUCUGGUA